AUGUCGGGCCUUUCUCGUUCCUUCAACAUCCUGGCGCGCACCAGCCGUGCAUCCCUCCUCCGCCCCAGCGCCGUCAACCCCAUCCACCAUGUCUUCGCCAGUGACAAGAUGGCUGCUCGUGGUCUGGCCACUGCUUUCGAGCGUACCAAGCCCCAUGUGAACAUUGGUACCAUCGGUCACGUUGAUCACGGAAAGACCUCCCUGACUGCUGCUAUCACCAAGCACCAGGCCUCCAAGGGUCUGGCCAACUUCUUGGACUACGCUUCCAUCGAUAAGGCCCCUGAGGAGCGCAAGCGUGGUAUCACCAUCUCGUCUGCCCACAUUGAGUUCCAGACUGAGUCCCGUCACUACGCUCACGUUGACUGCCCCGGUCACGCCGAUUACAUUAAGAACAUGAUUACUGGUGCUGCGAACAUGGACGGUGCCAUCGUUGUUGUCGCUGCCUCUGAUGGUCAGAUGCCUCAGACCCGUGAGCACUUGCUGCUGGCUCGUCAGGUCGGUGUCCAAAAGAUUGUCGUUUUCGUGAACAAGGUCGACGUCGUUGAGGACCCCGAGAUGCUUGAGCUUGUCGAGCUUGAGAUGCGUGAGCUUCUCUCUACCUACGGCUUCGAGGGUGAGGAGACCCCUAUCAUCUUCGGCUCUGCCCUUUGCGCCCUUGAGGAUCGCCGCCCCGAGAUCGGUACUGAGCAGAUCAACAAGCUCAUGGAGGCCGUCGACACUUGGAUCCCCACCCCCGCCCGUGAUAUGGACAAGCCUUUCCUCAUGUCCGUUGAGGAGGUGUUCUCCAUCCCCGGUCGUGGUACCGUCGUCUCUGGCCGUGUCGAGCGCGGUCUUUUGAAGAAGGAUAGCGAGGUUGAGAUUGUUGGUGGUAGCGAGGUUCCCAUCAAGACCAAGGUCACCGACAUUGAGACCUUCAAGAAGACCUGUGACGAGUCCCGCGCUGGUGACAACUCCGGUCUGUUGCUCCGUGGUAUUAAGCGUGAGGACAUCCGCCGUGGUAUGGUCGUUGCUGCUCCCGGCACUACCAAGGCUGCCCAGAAGUUCCUGGUCUCCAUGUACGUUCUGACUGAGGCCGAGGGUGGUCGCCGCACUGGAUUCGGCAGCAACUACCGCCCCCAGGUCUACCUCCGCACUGCUGAUGAGCCCGGUGACCUCACCUUUGUCGGCGAGGACCAGUCCGGCCGUGUCCAGCCCGGUGACAACGUCGAGAUGGUUCUCUCCACCCACCGUCCCGUCGCCGCCGAGGCCGGUCAGCGCUUCAACAUCCGUGAGGGUGGCCGUACCGUCGCCACUGGUCUUAUCACCCGUGUGCUUGAGGAGUAA